UUUAGAAAUGACAGAGGCUUCAUUUGUCGUCUGUGGACAGAGGCUAUUAUUUUUCUGUGUGUACAAUACAAGGCUAAAAAUUAAAAAAAAAUAAAAACCUCAACCAAGAUGGACGUAUUUUUCGUCAAAUAAUAAAUUAUUUUGAUCUUCUUGAUAUAGUUAGGGUUAGAUCUUCAAGAUGUACAAUGGGAUUGGUUUGACAACGCCAAGAGGAUCGGGGACGAAUGGUUACGUGCAAAGAAACUGGGCUUCUGUUAGAAAAACUAAAGAUUCUGUGAACUAUAGAACUGAGGACGAGAUCGCUAAAUUAGAUUCCGCCUCAAAUAAACAGCCCAACCGGGAGAUUCUUGACCACGAGAGGAAGAGGAAAAUCGAAGUGAAAUGUGCAGAACUGGAAGAUACAUUAGAAGAGCAAGGGUUGCCGAAGGAGGAAAUAGCGGCGCGGGUUGCGGCGUUCAGAGCGAAGCUGUCAGAAACCGGCGGCGCUGACAAGGAUGUGCCCAGAGACGAGUUCGGGAGAGUGGCCGUGCGCGAGACACACGCAGUGGCGGAGGCUCAGCAGGAGAAGAAUGCUCGGAUCAGAGAAGCCUUUGGCAUAUCGCCUCGGUUCGUGGAGGGGACCAGUCUGGACCCUGAGAGGCGCGCGAGGGACGAGGCGCAGAGGUACCCUCUGGUGAGGACGCCGAGCCACGAGCGGGAGGAGCGCGACACGCACGUCACUAAAAAGAAAAAGAAGCGAAGCACUUCGCCAGAAGCAAAAAAGUCCAAGAAGAAAAAAUCAAAGAAGAAUAAGAAAGAUAAGCAAGACAGCAAGAAAAAGAAGAAACGCUCAAAGUCGCCGAACGCAGAGAGUUCCAGCAGUUCAGAAGGCGACAGCGCUUCCAGCUCUGAAGACGAACGCCAGAAGAAGAAGAAGAAAAAGUCGGGAAGCAGACGCCGGGCCAGCAGUGCACCCUCCAGCCGCGAGAGUUCGCCAGUAACACAGACAAAAGAGAGACAAUGGGAACGCCCGAAAGACUCGCGAGAAAAUGAUAACCGUAAAAAAAAUUGGGAACGUCCUACUGAGCCACAAGAGAGUGAAUAUCGAAAAAAGAAUUGGGAAAAUGAUGAACGUAAUAGCCGAUACGAGGAUAACUCAAGACAAAACUAUUCCAGCAGACGGCGCGAUGAACGAAGUCGGUCACUUGAGCAACGUAGAUCGCCUGAACGACGCAGAUCGACCGAUAAACGUAGAUCAGUUGAAAAACGGCGAUCCACCGAACGGAGGUCAUCUCCGGAAACUAGACGCAGAGAUGAGCGCCGGUCACCAGAUUAUAGACAAAGAAAAUCAUACGUAAGCAAGGUAGAUAAAAACAGAGACUCUAGCAGGGAUGAUUAUGAUAAACCAAGAGAUUCUAGACAGUCUAAACGUGAUCGGGAGCGAUCGCCUUCUCGUUCCGAAUCUGAAGAACCACCACCAAAGAAAUCUGAAAACAGAGAAAAGAGACGACGACAAUUGAGCGAUUCGCCGGUUCCAGAUAAAAGACGACGCAGAAGUCCUUCGCCUGACAAUAGUAGAAAAGAAGAAUCGUAUAACAAUAAAAAAGAAAAAUCUAAAGAAAUGGCGAAAGAGCGCAACGAUAAAAAGCGACCGAGGAGAAGUGAAUCUCCUGACUGUAGAAAUAGACGACAGGAAGAAUCCCGAAGAGACGAAGACAAAAACUCUAGAACUGACAAUGACAGACUCUAUAGAGACAAUUUAGAUGAACCCAAACGAAAAAAGAAAAGAAGUCCUGCAAGAGAUGAACCAGAAACGUCCCAAGCGUAUCCAGAACGUGCUCAUGACAGUAAGUCUCAUAAAAGAGAAGCACGAAAAGAACCAGAAAGGUAUUACAAAAACAGCAGCCGACCAGAGCACUCUUCUUCUUCAUCUGACUCUGAAACAGAAGUGCCUCGGAAGUCGAAAGAAAGCAAAGGUAGACGUCAUAAGCAGAGGAGUGAAUCUCCAAAGGAGAAAAGACGGCGCAGUCCAUCUAUAGAAUAUGCUAGAAAUGGAUCUCCAGAUAGAAAGCAAAGCGAGCGCAAAGUGGAAAAGUAUAAAACUAGUUCAAAAUUAUCAGAACACAAACGGGACGAUACUAGACAGAGGAGAAAGUCACCCACUCCUGCGGACAAGCAAAGUCGUAAAAUUUCGCGGAGUAGAUCAAAAUCUUCGGCAUCGGAGCGAAGACCCUCGAAAAGAGACAAACGGAAGAGCAGCACACCAAACAUGAAAUCUAAAAAGAGUUCAGAGAGACGUAAUGCAUCACCCAAGCCAGACCAAAGAGACAAAACUGACAAAGAGAAGAGCGAUCGCAAGGAAUCUCACAGAGACAGAUCGAAAUCGCGGUCAAAUGUCAGGAGUCGCAGCACGUCCAGCCUCAGCUACUCGCCCGCGCGGCGCAGCCCCGAGAGAUACCGCGACAUUAUAGAAAAGUUACCAGAAAAAGACAAGAGGAAGUACAUCAAAUCCCCAUCUGACUUAUCAAAGAAAAAGAAACGCAAAGACGCCGCCGAGAAAUACAAUAAGCCGAAGGCCGCGUGUAUGCGCAGUUCGUCCAGCGAAAACGACGACUCGGAGGACGGCUUCCUGAGCCUCGAUGAAAGAGCCCGUCAAGAUGAGCUGGACAACAAAGAGUUGAACAGACUGAAGGAGAAGUUGACCCAAAUGGCGAAAGCAUCGAUAGAGCGCAAGAGGAUCGAAGAAUCGGCCGGCGCUUCGACUUCGCAGGCCGUUCACGAUAGCAAGCCAGAGGAAAACGUUCGUAAAGACAGUCCCGUAUUGGUGGACAAGUCGCCGAAAGUUAACAGCAAAAGUGUGGAAAAACCAGGAAGUCCUAAGAAGGAUUGUCCCGUUAAUGUGGAAAGUUCUCCAGAAGUAAAGAAGAAGCACGACAGAAGCGCGUCUCGCCGCAGCUGGUCGCGCUCCUCGUCCCGGUCGCGAUCACGCUCCCGCUCCCGGUCACGCUCUAGAUCCAGAUCGUCCCGUUCGAGGUCACGGUCUUAUUCGUCGUCAAGGCGCUCCCGAUCAAGCCGGUCUAGUUCAUACAGCAGCAGAAGUUCUUCGAGAUCAUCGAGCUCGUCGCGAUCUUCUCGUUCGUCAAGAACAAUGACGGGCGUGUACGCCGAUUACCGUAGAUCGAGCGAGCGCGACCGCGGCUCGGCGCGCUCGCGCUCGCCGUCCAUCCCGCGCCGCGCCGGCUCGCCCAGCUUCCUCGACCGGCGGCGCAUCACGAGCAUUGACCUCCAUGAUAAGUGCACGAAAACGCCCAAUCCCGUAUCGAAGACCAACGCCAUCCUCCCCGUCGAGCGGAAGUUGCUAUAGCAGCAAGUCGUCGCAGAGAAGCUGGUCCCAUUCUCCGCGCCCUGAACGAGAAACUUAAAUCCGACAUGUCAAUGGGCAGCCUUACUAUGGUGGUUAGGCUCAAAAGUGCUAGAACGCAGAGCUGCAAAGCCAAUUAAAAAAAUACCACUGUGUGGGUCAUGGAUUCAUAGAAAUUCUAGAUCUAUAGUGUGGGUAUAGUUAAAAAUAACUAUUUUGUACAACAAGUUUUAAUUGUAAAACCCCCUAAAAUAGCGCUAACAUAGCAAAUUAUUGUAGUAGGUUUAUGCGCAGUUAAAAAAUGUGGUUGUGUAGUAUACAUUUAUAAGGGUGUUGUUAUGUUGUGGAGAUUAAUUUUUUGGCGCCAUGUUUAAAAUUUAAAUUAAGUACGACGACGCUUUUAAACAGAUAUUUAAAAGCGUUUAUUAUUUUUGCCUCUACCUCUACUCUCCAAAAAUUUAUCUACCCAAAAAAAUACGCUAAUUUAAGAUUCAAAAAAUGUCCCCUAAUUAUAAAAGUAUGUGUCCUCACAUCUACCUAUACUUUAUGUAGAAGUAUUUAUUUUUAAUCGGUUUCAAUUGAAUUUUAUUUACCUAUCUACCAAUGUGGGCUGCCCAAAAGAAAGAAGAUAACAUAAUUUAGUUCUAAGUGUUAUUACAAUUUAUUUAUUAAUAAUCUAAGUAGAUAAAUUUAUUGCUGUAUGUUUGGUGCGCCUCUAUUAUAAUUAUACUUCGUGUAAAUUAUUUCUUCGAUUACAAAUACCUAAUACCAUGUAGUACAAUAUAGAGGAUUUGCAUUUUGUCCAUACAGAUUAAUUAAUUAAUUAUUAUAGAAUGGAACAGUCUUGAAGGUUAUCUAGUCAUGAAAUUGAUGGAGUCUUAUAAAAAGACUCACAGGACUGGGUUGCUUUUGCACUAACUUAUAACUUUUUUUGUAUUUAUAAGCUAAAGGGCAAACUUCGUAUUCGAAGAUUAAUAAUGCCUUAUUUUUAGUCUGGUUCAUUUAUUCCCGACCAAAAGUUACUCGGUUGUUUUUUUUUUAUACAAUUGCUGCUAUUUAUUUAUUUUUAAAUAUUUUUUUGUUGAUAAUUUUAUUCGAACGGAACUCAAACAUUCCAAAUAUGUACCUAUAUACUAAUACUCUAGUCGUAUUAAGAAUAUUUAUUUUUACAUUUUAGGAUACUUCGUGCAAUAUAUUUAUUUACACUAAAUUAUUUUCGUCGUUUUCUAGUCAUUCGACUAAUUAAUUUAUUUUGCUAAUAUAUUUAAUAAUUAAGUAAAUAGAGGUGUAUGGAAAUUAUAGUUAUAUUUCAAAAGCUAUUACAUAAUUCUUGUACAAGAUAUAGUUACUCGUAGUUAUUACAAGGAAGCUUACUAAAAUAAGCCAAAAAUACUAAAACUCCAUACACUUCUGAGUGGAUAUUAUAAAGUAAUUUAUUAUUUAUCUUGUAAACGUAGGUAAUGCGUGUUUUUGAUAUAUUUAUGAAGUUAGAGCUAAUACUCUUAUUAUAUAUAGGUUUGUAACUAAUCUAGUCAAGGAAGAACAUACAUUUCUAUGUGUAUGGAAAAAUAGUUGAAUUUUUACUUAUCUUUUAUCUGUCGCCCAGUUAAUGAAUUCCGAGUAACAGGCAUACAGCGUUUUAGGUAUAUCAAAGUUCAAACCCAUUCCUACUUCUAUCUAAUCAAUGCCGGAUUACGGUAAAUUGAUGCCUUUUGCAAUCUUCCUUUGUGUCCUCAAAUAAUCCUCAAGCAAAGAAUUCAUUAAUUCCUACAAAGAAGUCAUUAAAAAAAAUCUUAAUAAUUUUUUUUUUUUUUUGCGCGGAUUUUGAAGUAGCUUUAACUUUCGUGUGUUCGUUUUUAUGUUUCCCGGUCGUCUGAAUAUGUAGACGAAAUGCCUCCAUGCAAGUCAUUAAAUAGCUUAUAGGCUAAUUCAGGACUGCUUUUAUUUCUUGUCUAUGUUGCAACUAAAUCGUCUGGCGGUACGAUUUUGCGGGUAGCCUGUAUUAAGUCCCAUUAGAAAAUAUUUAAAAAAAAAUUAAACAAGCACAUUCAUUUUAGUUAAAUAUUACCUAAUAAUGUGGAUGGCUAAAAAACAUUAAAAUAAAAAAAUACUUCCGUUAAAAUUCACUAUUGAAGUAGCGUUGGCGUCUUUCGGGUUUUGGAUUAAUUGACAGGUAUAAAAAUGUAAUAGGUAUUUUUAGUUUAUGUUCAGACAGGUCCAUUGCUGUUAAAAUUCAUGUCCCGUAUGUCUAUAUUAUCAUGGCUCCCCAUUCGCACGAGAGAUUUUUUAACGGACGUAAAAGCGUUCAAACACAACAAAUGCGUUCCCAAGUAUACACAGCGUAUACACGACAGCGUUUUAAAAACACAACGCUAUUUUUCGAGCAGCGUUGCAUUUUCAAUUUUGGGCGUUGGAAAUAGACCUUCGUUUAAAUUCAUACUAUAUUUGAAUGCUUGUUUAACGUCCGUUAAAAACUCUAUUACUAUUACUAUUACUCUAGCAGAAUAUGUGUAGGAUGAUGAUAUACCUAAUUCAGCAUUCCUGUAGGUUAUAAACUUGCCCAUCGAAUGUAUUAUGGUACAGACCACGUGGCCAUAAUACUUAAUAGGUACCUACUACCUAUCUAUAUACUAUAAGCAUUAGUUUAGAAAUUUAGAAUCUCUUUAGAUGGUGAUAAUUAUUAUACAGAUUGAAUCAUGUAAAGCAAGUGUAAUUCUACAUUCCAGAGCAAUAAAAUAAAAAUGUGACUAUAUUAGAAAAUAAAAUACUCGAAUAAUGAUUAUUAACAUAAUUUAUUACAAUUAAUAUAAGAGUAACAAAAAAGGAUAUUGUUUUAACAUCACAUUUAAAUGCAACAUUUACAUGAAAUGUAACGUAUUCACGAGACAAAAAUCCUCAUGUAAAUGAGGCUUUAUAUAAGUUGAUCAAAGACUGCAACGAUUUUAUUUUUUCUAUGGACUAGGCAAGGAUUUUCUUUAGUAAAAAUGCCGCGUUUUUACAGUGUGCGAUCAACUUAUACAAAAUUACAGUUGGCCGAUUAGAUAACUGCGAUUGUAAUAUAAGAUAUCAGAAAAAUAGAUUUUUGCUGUUGUCAAAUAAAGUACCUAAUAUUUA